AUGCCAGAGGGCUUCAGAGCGGGCAUGUGCCAGUUCGCAAUUCAUUCCAUGCAUCGGCAGGUGGCCAUCACUUUGGCCACGUGGGGGAUCUCAUGGCUGGUGGCCGCACCCGUUAGUUGCCAUGAAGUGCCUUCAUGUGCCAAGCACCUGCAGACUUACCCUGGCUACUACCACGUGAUCUCGGCUGCAGCAUUGGUGGCCAUGCUGGGCCAUGAGGUGCUGAGCCUCAUCGCUACCUACAUGGGAGCUCAAGAGACGCAAGCCCUGGUGCCCCAUCUGCAGAGCCGCUUCUUGCCCACUCUGCUGCUGGCCGUGAUGUUCGGCGUGCUCGCGACCGCCGAGCGCCUCUUCUCCCGUGCAGAGUGGACCAUCGCACACGUCAUGCCCAGUGCCGACGGCCUCACAGCUCCUGGCCGCCCAGUGUACACGAUGCAGUACAUGGAGUGGGGGAUCAACGUCCCGAUCAUGCUGAUCCUGUCAGGAUACUGCACGCUCGGGCGCCCUUUACGUGAGGUGUCUCGACCGCUGAUCGUCACCAACGUCUACGUCAUCUUAUGUUGGGUGGCCACUGCGACUGAGAGUGCCUUCCUGAAGUGGUUUCUGAUCGGAGUGUCCUUUGCCAUGUACGCCUGGGCCUCUUACGACAUGCUGAACUGGUGCUCGGCCUACGAGAGAACUGCGCCGAUGGAUCUUCCUAGCCGCAGCCUUCGGCCCUUCCUUUCUUCUGGCCUGGUGGCGCACUUGCUCCUGUACGGUGUGGUGUACAUGGCAUCUGUGGUCGGCAUCAUGGAUGCACACACGGAGCGCAAGUCCUUCUUUGCCUUGACCUUCGGAGCCAAGCUCGCCUACAGCGCGGCCUUCGUGUUCAUCCGAGCAGACGAGUACCACAAGACCCUGACCGACGUGCUGCGCAAGGUGAGUGUCUCCAAUGUUGGUAUGAUCUCUAUCUUGAGGGGCAGCUUUGACAUCAUUCUUCCGUGCGUGCUGGAUGCUGCCGGCCGCUGCAAGCUUCCCGACAAGUAUUCGGGCGACAUGACAAAGUUGGAGAAGAUCCUCGGCUAUGGCGUGUCGGGUGCAAACCUGAAGGACCUGCUUGCCGGCGACGAGCAGAAGAAAGACUUCUCAGCUUACGUGCGGAACGUGCUGCGCCAGGCGGACUGCCCGCAAGCUUUCAACUCGGCCACCCUCUCAACACAGGGUGCCUGGAGCUGUGACUCUGGAGCAAUGCCUCCUAUCGCCCAAGUGCUGCACAGCAAGAUCCAGCAGAAAUCUCAGCAGAAGCUGAACACCACGCUCCACCUGUCCGUCGUGCCGCGCUCGGCACUCAGCUUGGGCAAGGAGCGUCAGCUGGUCGCCGCCUUCCAGAUCGCCACCGAAGGCCCGAACGAUCAGGAGGAGCCCGCGGCAGCAGCAGUGACAAACUUCGAGACGUUCAAGGCAGGACAAAGCUCCAUGGGCGGAUCCACUGCCAAUCCCACAAGCGAGGGCUCCUCGCACGGCAUUGUCGCCAACCUCGCGGACCUCACCAAGCUCGGGGCAUCGGGCAUGCUUGGCACCCCGGAGUUCACUGACGAGGCCAGCGAGUACUGGGGCCACACCGCUUCUGACGAGUCCAGCCAGAAAGACUUCGCAGGGGAAACCAUGUCCCACCUGGGCGCCUUUGCGCAGGUCGCCGUGGGUGCCGUGGCCUUCGACGCGCGCGUCGUGGGUGUCUGGGAAGGCAACGUGGCCAAGGCCUUGGGCGGCUAUCGCCAGCGUAUCGAGUUCCUGAACGACUGCUUGCAUGCCAACAUCACCGUCAUGGGGCAGACGCUGUCGGCCACCUUCCGCAUGGACGCAUCCAAAGGCCACCUGGACAUCCAGGUGAUUCCUAGUGGGAGCAGCUGCCCACCACCCGCCAUCCCAUACAUCUUCAAGUUCGAAGACGGCUGUUUGCAUCUCUGCGGGCCGGGUACCUCAAGCUUGAGGCGCCCGCAGAGCUUCGACGGCCCCGGCCUCUGCAUCAUGGAGCGGACGCAGAAGUUCGUGGAGCAGCCAAUGCAGCGCCCAGCGCGUUCCUUUGCUCCCGAGCUGGAGCCUGACCCGGAGUUCAGCCGCAACACCACCGACGAGACGAGGUCGCAGGCCUCCCUGCGCACUGCACGCCUGAAGGAGGACCUCAGCCAACUGAGCCAGGGCAAGAUCCAGAAGACAUCCAGCCAGAAGAUGUUCGGCUGGAUUGAAGAGCAGCCAGCCGUGGCUGCCUCUGCCCUGGUCGCCGUGACUAGUGCUGUCAUCGCGCUUCGCAAGUCGCUCUGA